AUGGAGGCCAAAGCGGACAAACCACACUGGUGGCAGUGGCGAUACAACAAAAAACACGAGCCGCGCUCUGAGCAGCGACGCAUAUUCGUCAAUCUUCCGCUUCCGGAGGACAUGGUCGAUCCCGAGACCAAGCUUCCGAGGACAAAAUACCCCAGAAACAAGAUCCGCACCACCAAGUACACGCCGCUGUCGUUCCUGCCGAAGAACAUCUUUUUCCAGUUCACCAACAUCGCCAACUCGUACUUCCUGUUCAUCAUCAUUUUGGGAGCUUUCCAGAUAUUUGGAGUGCAAAGUCCCGGGAUGCAGGCUGUGCCGCUCAUUGUGAUUGUCGUUCUGACGGCCAUCAAGGACGCGUUCGAGGACUACAGAAGAGGCGCCUCCGACAUGGAGCUCAACAACUCGCGGAUCCACUUGCUGAUGGGGAUGAACAACCCGAACGUCGCCGUGGACCGUGUGGGGCCCUGGCGCAGGUUCAAGAAAGCGUGCACAAGAGCGACCAACACCGUGUUGUACCUAGUCUCCGGCCAGUCCAAGAAACGCGCGCAGAUGAACGCCCUGCUGACGAGCGAUCUGGAACGCGUGGUCACCGUCGGCUCGUCUCUGCCCAAUACCCCUAGACCGUCGGUGUCGACUGCCAGAUCCAGACACGCCAAAUUGUCGCCGUUUCAUCCCAACACCGUGUCGAACCCCAACAUCGCUCCAACCAUGACACACAGGUUCCAAAACAACUUCUGGAAAAACAUCUCUGUCGGCGACAUAAUUAGAGUGAGAAACAACGAAGAAGUGCCUGCGGACGGCAUUUUGCUGGCGACCAGCGACGAGUUUGGCGAGUGCUACGUCGAAACAAAGAACCUGGACGGAGAAACCAACCUCAAGACCAAACACUCUCUGCUCUGCGGUGUGGGCCUGAAACACGCGGCCGACUUCGAGAGAGUGCAGAUGGUGGUCGAAACAGAGCCUCCCAACGCCAACCUGUACAAGUUCAGAGGAGUGGUCAAAUACACGGCGUACGAGUCGCAGUCGGACGCGCACGGACACGAGGCCCAGGAGCCAGUGACAUACGACAACAUUCUGUUACGAGGAUCCACCUUGAGAAACACAAAAUGGGCUCUCUGCUGUGUGGUUGCCACCGGAAACGACACCAAAAUCAUGCUCAACUCGGGCAUCACGCCCACCAAGAAGUCCAGGAUGUCGAGCCAGCUGAACUUGUCUGUGAUUAUCAACUUCGCCGUGCUAUUUUUCCUGUGUUUCAUUUCUGGUUUGAUCAACGGGCUGUUUUACGACCGGAAAGGCACCUCGUUCGACUACUUUGAGUACGAGCCGCCGGCCGGCUGGAGUUCCGCGGCCAACGGUGUGGUCGCCUUCUUCGUGGCCCUCAUCUUGUACCAGACGCUCGUGCCUAUUUCUCUCUAUAUCUCUAUCGAGAUCAUCAAAACGCUACAGGCGUUCUUCAUCUACGCGGACGUCAGAAUGUACUAUCCGCGGCUGGACUUUCCCUGCACGCCGAAAUCGUGGAACAUAUCCGACGAUCUCGGCCAGAUAGAGUACAUUUUCAGCGACAAGACCGGCACCUUGACCCAGAACGUGAUGGAGUUCAAGAAGUGUACCAUUGCGGGCAAGUCGUACGGUCUGGCGUACACGGAAGCCCAGCAGGGGAUGGACAAACGUGCUGGCGUCAAUGUGGUGGAGGAAGUUGAGAAGAUGCGCAAGAUCAUCACUCAGGACAGAAAAGACAUGAUUUCACAGCUGGAGAACAUCGGCAACGACCAGUUCGACGCGGAAAAACUCACUUUCGUCUCGAGCGAGUUCCUCAAGGACGUCGGUCCGUCUGCGGACGAGUCGCGCAAGAGAGCGAACGAGAACUUCAUGCUUGUUCUCGCACUGUGUCACACGGUGAUCACCGAAAAGGACGAGGACGGGUAUCUGGAGUUCAAGGCCGAGUCUCCUGACGAGGCUGCGCUGGUGGCCGUUGCCAGAGAUCUGGGCAUUGUUUUCCGGGAACGUACAAGGAAGGGUCCCGUUGUGACGAUGUACGACUCGAAGCGGCCGCUGGAAUAUGAGCUUUUGGAGGUGAUUCCGUUCAACUCCACCAGGAAACGAAUGUCGGUGAUUUUGCGGACUCCAGAAGGCCGCAUCGUGCUGUAUUCCAAGGGUGCUGACAACGUGAUCUACGAGAGACUGGAUCCCAAGGCCGACCAGGAAAUGCUCAGCAAAACAGCCAUACAUCUGAGCGAGUAUGCACAGGAAGGACUGAGAACGCUGUGUGUUGCGGAAAAAGAGAUCAGCGAAAAGGAAUUUAGCAGAUGGCAUUCGCAAUACAAAGAGGCCAGUGUGUCGAUCGAAGCUAACAGAGAGGAGCGCAUGGAGACCCUGGCGGACGAGCUCGAGAGAGGUCUGACGCUACUGGGAGGAACGGCCAUCGAAGACCGUUUGCAGGACGGUGUGCCGGACUCGAUCUCGACCCUCUCAAAGGCAGGAAUCAAGCUCUGGGUGCUCACUGGUGACAAGGUGGAGACGGCAAUCAACAUUGGGUUUUCGUGCAAUUUGCUGGACAACGACAUGGAGCUGCUGGUGAUCAAGGCCAGCGAAGGAGCAUCCGAGAAGGACGGAGCAUCGGCGCUGGUGCCGCGCUAUUUGUCGGAAAAGUUUGGCAUGGAGGGCACGAAGAAAGAUCUUGCGCUCGCCAGAAAAGAUCAUUCUCCUCCUAGCGGCGACUACGCGAUCAUAGUUGACGGUGCUUCGUUGGAGCAAAUUUUGGAAGAUUCCGAUCUGAAGCUGAAAUUCCUUCUCCUCUGCAAACAGUGCCGCUCUGUUCUCUGCUGCAGAGUGUCUCCUGCUCAGAAAGCACAGGUCGUCAUGAUGGUCAAGGACACGCUGAAGGUGAUGGCUCUGGCCAUCGGCGACGGGGCCAACGACGUGGCCAUGAUCCAGGCCGCAAACGUGGGAGUCGGCAUCGCCGGAGAAGAGGGCCGCCAGGCCGUCAUGUCGAGCGACUACGCCAUUGGCCAGUUCCGGUUCCUUGUCAGACUGCUGAUCGUGCACGGACGCUGGUCGUACAAGAGACUCGGCGAGAUGAUCACGUGCUUUUUCUACAAGAACGUCAAUUUUGUGAUGGCUCUGUUCUGGUACGGCAUCUUCAACAAUUUCGACGGCUCGUACCUGUACGAGUACACGUACCUGAUGUUUUUCAACAUGGCGUUCACGUCUCUGCCCGUGAUUUUCCUGGGGAUUCUCGACCAGGACGUUCCUGCGCACGUGUCGCUGCUGAAUCCAGAACUGUACCGCACGGGGAUCCUCGGGAAAGAGUGGUCGCCGUUCCGGUUUCUGUACUACAUGGCGGACGGUCUCUUCCAGUCGUUCAUCGCCUUCUUCUUCCCGUGGUUCCUGUUCCGCUCCGCCGCUUUCGUCAACCAGGAAGGACUGAACGUGGACCACCGAUUCUGGGUCGGUGUUUUCUGCGCGCACAUUUCCGUGGCCGCGUGCGACCUGUACGUGCUGCUGAUGCAGAAACGAUGGGAUUGGCUGUCUGUGCUGAUUGUGGGCCUCUCGAUUCUGUUCAUCUUCUUCUGGACAGGAAUCUGGACCUCGUCGCUUGCGUCGCAGGAGUUUUACAAAGCUGCCUCCAACUGCUACGGAACGGUGGCCUUCUGGUGCACGUUUUUUGUCGGCGUCCUGCUGUCGGUGCUGCCGCGCCUCACCUACGAGAUAUUCAAUAGACUCUACAGACCAAAGGACAUAGACAUCAUCAGAGAAUGUGUGGCCAUGGGCGCCUACAGCAGCUACUCGGAAGACUACGACCCAACAGACGUCACAACCAACAAAAUGGCGUCGGAGUCGGCCUCUGGCACGUCCCAGUCCGAAGACGUCCUCACCGACGAAAAGAAGGACGUCGAGGCAGACGAGUCGCUCGCCACGCGGCCAAGGAGAAAUACGAUCAAAAGGGUGAUCGACAAGCUCACGCCGGGCCACAAGUCGCCGCUCGAAACGCUCAGACAGAACAUGGUGGUCUCGGGCGAGGCGUCGCACAGGUCGUCGUCGCAGAUGAUCCGCACCAGCCACGAGCUCGCGGGAAUCACGUCCCCCGAGACUCUCAUGAGACUGCACACGAGAAAUAGCCAGCUCUCCAGAUGA